ACCGUGUAUUUAUGUUAGAUUUAGAAGAUAUUCUGCACGGUUUUAUCAGAUGAUGUAAGAAAAGUAUAGAAUAAUUAAACACUAUGAGUGGUAAUAAGGCUGCACAAGUUGCAGAGCUGUUUACGAAAGUAAUCGCUUCUACAAAGUGCUUUGAUCACAACCUUCGCAAGGUUAAAGUGAUAUCAUGUAGCAACGGCAGGCUCCUCACGGGUUUCCAAGUGGGAGCGGAGCACCUCAACCAACGAGGCACUCUGCAUGGCGGAUUCAUCGCCCAUCUUGUUGAUGCCAUAUCCACAUAUGCCCUCACAGCUAAUGACAAUGUGGAAACCAGGGGAGUGUCCAUUGACCUUAGUGUCUCAUACUACACAGCAGCCAAAGAAGGAGAUGAAAUAGAAGUAGAAGCAGUAACAAAGAAGUUGGGUAAGAAGAUUGCGUUCUUAGAAGUUGAAGUACGGAACAAAGCCACUAAUAAAGUAUUAGCUUCAGGUAGACAUACCAAAUAUAUAGGUGUAUGACUCGUAAAUAAAAGUUAUGUAGAUAUUUA